UUAAAACCUCUUAGAGAGAGAGAGAGAGAGAGAGCGAGAGAUGACGAGACACUUAGAAGAUGUAAUGAGCAUGGCGAAAACAACACAGUUCGAUGUUAGUUACCUUCUUCAUGUUGUGUUUUUGGCUCUAUUCGGCUGUUGUGUCCUCUCGGCUCUGUUACUCUCUUGCGCCGAUGGAGCCUCCGACGACAGAGCCAAUUCAGGCACUUCCGGCGGUGCAGCAGGUUGUGGCGGCGCCGGUUGCGGCGGUGGUUGUGGAGGUUAAGAGUUCAUUCGUACUCGUCGCGGAAAAAAGACCGGAUACUAUACUUUUCGUAUUACAAAAUUAUUACAAAAGUGGUUUUUGUGGCCAGCUUUUGUAUUAACGAUAUACAACUUUCGUUGCUUUUUCAUUAAUAGAAGAAUAAAUAAUAACUAUGUAUUAGAGCAAACAACAGUAUAUUCUUGCAUUUCGAUUUGAAGUUGAAAUUCUAAAUAUGAUGCACACA